AUGGAGAAGCGUGUGGCCCUUCUUGAGCAGCGCAUCGGGCAGAUCACGGAGGGCGAAGGCUCCCGGAUCCAGACCCUCUGUGAGCAGGCCAAGAGGCUGCAAGAAGGCGGCGGGGUUACUGUCAACGUGAGAGGCAUUGCAUGCGCAAACUAG